CCCAAUUCCCCACUCUCUCUCUCUGUCUAGCUAGCCAUAUGGUAUGGUAUGGUAUGGUAUGGUAUGGAUGCAUUAAUUGACAAUCGACUCAGUAGCAGAGAUUUUGGCAACACCACACGACACCCCCAAAAAGUCACUGCAGAUUUCUUCCUCCUCCUCGAUAAUUACCAAAUUCUAUUUACUCUAUAAUGAACUAGUAGGUGUAGUAUUUCCCACUUCCAAAUUCCUCUUCCUUCCUUCCACAAUGGCUAAUAAUUACCGGUGCUACUACGAGAGAUCAUCAGACGAGACCAAUCUCCCCCCGGGCUUCCGCUUCCACCCCACCGACGACGAACUCAUCACCUUUUACCUCCUCAAAAAGGUCCUCGACUCCUCCUUCACCACCCGCGCCAUCGCCGACGUCGAUCUCAACAAAUCCGAGCCCUGGCACCUCCCCGGGAAAGCCAAAAUGGGGGAGAAGGAGUGGUACUUUUUCAGCCUCCGCGACCGGAAAUACCCGACCGGGUUACGCACGAACCGGGCCACGGAGGCUGGGUACUGGAAAGCCACGGGCAAGGACCGCGAGAUUUACAGCUCCAAAACCUUCGCCCUUGUUGGGAUGAAGAAAACCCUAGUUUUCUACCGCGGCCGGGCCCCCAAGGGCCUCAAAACUAACUGGGUUAUGCAUGAGUUCCGCCUCGAAGGCAACCUCGCCUAUCACCACUUCUCCCGAAACUCCGAGGAUGAGUGGGUGAUCUCUCGAGUUUUUGAAAAGACCGGGGCGAGCGGCAGCGGCUCGAAGAAGAAGGCUUCGGAGGAAGUAAGCGGCUCGCCGUGUUCGGGCGGCAGCUCGCACGUGUCCUGUUUCUCCAUGGCUGCACCGGAGCUCCCGAUGCAUUAUCCGCAAUUUGGCAAGCACAAUGCGAGCUUUCCUACUCUCAAGUCGCUCCAGGAGAAUCUGCAUCUGCCUUUUGUUUAUCCGACUGCGACUCCGUCUCUGGCGCACGUGAGCGGUGAUCAUGUUUUCGGGGAGGGGCAGUGGCCGGCGGUGGAGGAGCAGAAGCUUUGCGGCUCCGAGCUGGAUUGCAUGUGGAAUUAGUUUUAAAUUAUGGCUAAUUUUACAUUAUGAGGAGUAUCUAUCUAAUCUAGGGUUUUCUUUCUGCUCUUGUUAACUACUCACUCCUAAGUCCUAUCUAUGCAUGCAAUAUCAGUACUAUUCAGAUUAGGCAUGUAUGCAAUUUGUUCGUAUUUUC